AUGCUUGACCUCGCUAUCGACAUUAUCCAACUCCUGCUCUCGUCUACGAUCGUUGUCGCCUCGAUCGCGUACAUGCGCCUGGCGGACGUGCGCGGCUACAAAUGCAGCCAAAGUGCGUUACUCGGCUUCAACCUGCCGUGGUUCAUCGGCCUCGCAGUUGCGGACGCCUUCAGCCUUGCGUAUACUUGGAAGGUGCGCAAGGUGCGAGAACAGCAGCGGCGAUGGCUGCAACAGCUCGCCCGCCUCACCCGCCUCGGCGCCGGUGUGGGUGCCGCCGGUGAGGAGCCCGGCAACUUCGUGCCACCCAGGCGGCCACACAGACGGAGCGUCAGCGGCAAGGACGCCACGACGUGCAACACGCGAAAGGCCCGCUGUCUUCGCCAGCCCGAAAUUCUGACGCUUGAGCUGAUUCUGCUGCUCAUGACAUGGGUGUAUCUCGGCAACACUUGUGCCGUCCGGCCCGCCAUCAAGCACUACAUCAAGCAAUGGAGGCCGGCCAUCGUCCCCCGCCUCCCCGUGGCGUGCGCGCCUUCGACGUCGGGGUACCCCUUCGUGCAGCGCGUGUGCUACGUGCCCAGCGACUCUAAGUACUCCGCCUGCAACCUGCCGCACCCGCCCAUCGAACUUGAUGCCGACUCGGCAAUGUGCAGCGUGUGCUUUGACGACUUUGAGGGCCCCGAGUCACACGUCAAGCGCCGUCUGUUGAGGAAGCAGGGACCCGUCACCGCUCCCACGCUGUGGAAGACUAGAUGCGGACACGUCUUCCAUGAAAAGUGUCUGCUUGAGUGGUUCAAAACCUCCCGAGGAUCGAUCUGCCCGUACUGCAACCAGGACGCCGCUGCUGUGACUGUUUAA